AGUACACGGCUUAAAGGGAACGUUCUUUCUGGAAGAAGUUACGUGGCCGUGUGCAUUGCUUUUGCCGUGGUGGAUUGUAUGAUCCAUGUUUACUUUUUGGGCUGUUUAAAAAUAGGGUGCACGCGCAAUUAGAUCGACUAACAAAAUCUGACUUGAAUUUGUAGGAUUGCGUGAGCUAAAAUUGGCCUUUAUGGCACCGCUUUAGCCCCGCUUGAUUAAUUAAACUUAUUCAAGUCUGGUUUGGGACUUUAAAUCCAGCUUUUUUGAGCGGCUUUUAUGGAACAGGCCUCUGCUGUUUGUCUUCUCACAACACAACACACAAGUGCACAACACAGAUACGUGCCAUAGAAAACGCACAUUGAUUUCACUGAGUGGACACGCUAAUGAAAUGAGGAUCGGGGAUAUUGCACAUCGUUGACAGGGUCUACACUCAACUAAUUUGUUGGAGAACGAACGGUCUCAAAAUGCUGAAAACUGCCACCGCUGGAAUUUCAAGCAACAUAGUUUAUGUGUUAUUAAUUAUCGGAGGAUUCUUAACACUGUUUUCUAUGUACUAUAAGACUCCAAUGUUACCUUGCCAGAGCCAGCCUUCUUACUCAGUUAAGAACACAGCUUACUCAUCGGCAACUAAACCGAUCAUGCUGCUUUGGUUCUGGCCUGAAAAUGAUAGGUUUAAUUUUAAGGACUGCAAGACGUUCUUCAACAUUGACGGUUGCAAGCUUACAGACAACAGGACCCUGUACAGUGAAUCUGAUGCAGUGCUCAUCUUUCAUAGAGCCAUAAACCACAAUGCAUCAAAUCUACCCCCCUCACCAAGACCCUCAUUUCAAAAGUGGAUUUGGUUUAAUGUGGAAUCACCAACAAACACACAGAAAGUUCCAGGUAUCGAGAAACUUUUUAAUGUGACUUUAAACUACCGGCAGGAUGCAGACAUUCCUGUUCGCUGGCAGUUGUCUAAAAAGACCAAAGAUGACUUUGCGCUGCCCAAGAAAGAACGAAUGGUCUGCUGGAUUGUGAGCAACAAUGACUCUCACACUGGGACAGAGCUGAGGUAUAACUACUACAGAGAGCUUGUGAGACAUAUUAAGGUGGAUGUGUUUGGCAAGGUGUUUGGUAGUUUCUUAAAAUAUGAAGAUUAUUUCUCAACCAUCGCAAGCUGCAAAUUCUACCUUUCCUUUGAGAACUCCGUUGACAAAGAUUACAUCACAGAAAAGCUGAAUGGACCACUAGCAGCAGGAACAGUACCUAUUGUAUUGGGUCCCCCCAGACAGAACUAUGAGAACUUUAUACCAGGGGAUUCCUUCAUCCAUGUAAAUGACUUUCCUGAUGCAAAAGCUUUGGCUGACUUUCUCCUGCAGUUGGACAAGAAUGAUGAGGCCUAUAUGCGCUAUUUCAAUUGGCGUCAGUAUUACUCUGCUAGGCCUCACCUGAUUAAACGGAACCAAAAAUUCCUCCAGGCCAUCUGCUAUGCCUGUGACCACGUGGGAAGACACAGAGAAUACAGGGUUGUUUCCGAUCUUUACAAGUGGUAUUUUGGUUAAAUUGUUACUUUCAUUCCUAGUAGGAAAAACUGUAAACUGUAAAGCUCUCUCUUGGAAGUCGCUUUGGAUAAAAGCCUCUGCUAAAUGAAUAAAAAGCCCUUUUUGACCCAAACAUCAACACACCGACAAACCGAAAAUACGACCGGCGCUAUAUUUCUCUCUUUUGACAUUGGCAUGAACCUGAGUUUAUAUUGUUGGUGUUUGAUUAUAAAAUGCAAGUGAUCUAUCUAACAAUUUUUAGUGUUCUGUCACUAUACCCCUGUCCUAGUUGCACAAUACCUUAGUGCGGUAUUACUCUUAUUGAGGGACUUGUAGGCCUACCUGAUUUAACUUCUUGUACUCGCUGUGAAUUAUAUUAUUGUUGAUUGCUUUUUUUUGUACAGGUACACUCUUGCA